AUGUCACAUCAGCUGGACCAUAUCAACCAAACCUUCUCGCGCGCCCCGGUUUAUGAAGCAAUCUUCUCUUGUCUCUCCCCGAGAGAGCUCAUACGAGUUUCGCGCACAUGUCAAGUUGCUCAUGAUGCCUUCCAAUCCUUCAUCCACCGUGCCUACAACAUCAAUCGUCACCUGUCCCGCUUCCUCACGGACCCUAUAUCAUUUCAGUCUCUCCAAGCUCGUACCGGUACGCUCAUCUCCGGCUCCAACGCACUGCAAUUCUUGGAUCGUACUAGGACCCCCGAAUAUCCCGGUAUAGGCCUGGUCCCAAAUCUCGCUGGCCGAUCCGGACAUUUACCCCUAUUCAGGGUCGCCAAUCCGGACAGAGCGACAGGCCUCUGGGAGUAG